AGUGAAAUGUAUCGCUAAACGUAAAUACACGAUUACGACAACACACAAUAAUAAAAAAGCAAUAGCAGUCCUGAGCUAAUAACAAAACAAUGAGUGAAGCCGGCAUUGCCGUUGCUGUCGAUGCGCUGGCAGCGGAGAAGCAGCGAAAGUUUCGCAUCCAAGCCGCCGCUUUCAUGGGACUUGUGGGCGGCAUCUCGGCGCUCUUUGGAUUCUCGCGCACUCUGGCGACGGCCAAGAAGUCGGACAGCAAGGUGUUACAGCAGCAGGGCACGCGCCAGGGCCUCAUCCUCAUGGACGAGGGCUCCACACUAGCUUUACGUGCUCUCGGCUGGGGCACACUUUAUGCCGUCCUAGGCACCGGCGCCUUUUGCUAUGGCGUCUGGAAGCUGAGCGGCGCCAAAGACUUUGAAGAGUUUCGACUGAAAAUGGGCAACGCUUUGCCGCGCAUAACCAAAGAUGAACCGCCCAAAAGCCGCACGGACUUCGAUGGUCUCACGGAUCUGAUGAAGUACUUGGCCGCCUGGGCCAAGGAGUAGUCGACACAAUAGUUUAUAUAGCUUGUAUACGCCAGUUAGUUAGACCAUAGAAUAAAUGCCAAUCAUUUUCAUUAA